ACAGAGACUCUUUGCAGCAGUCAAAUCUAGAUGACUUUAUAAACCAGACUACAGGGGUUUCAGAGAACCAGUACAGAGGAAAGACAUAGAAAUAGAAAGAUACGGAGUGUGAGCUGCAACAAGUUAUGGAGCGUUUCGAAAUUCUGAAAGAUAUAGGAGCUGGUAACUUUGGUGUUGCCAAGCUUGUUAGAGAUAAGUUCACCAGAGAGCUUUUGGCUGUCAAAUUCAUUGAGAGAGGCCAAAAGAUUGAUGAACACGUGCAAAGAGAAAUCAUGAACCACAGAUCCUUGAAGCAUCCCAAUAUUGUUAGAUUCAAAGAGCUCUUGCUAACACCUACUCAUCUAGCCAUAGUAAUGGAGUACGCCGCAGGAGGAGAACUCUUUGAGAGGAUAUGCAAAGCUGGUAGAUUCAACGAGAAUGAGGCUAGGUUCUUCUUUCAACAACUGAUAUCCGGAGUCAGCUACUGUCAUUCAAUGCAAAUAUGUCAUAGAGAUCUGAAGUUGGAAAACACACUGUUAGAUGGAAGCACAGCACCGCGUGUCAAAAUCUGUGAUUUUGGGUACUCCAAGUCAUCUGUGCUGCAUUCGCAACCAAAAUCAAAAGUAGGGACACCUGCAUACAUUGCACCAGAGGUCCUCUCCAGAAAAGAAUAUGAUGGGAAGCUUGCAGAUGUUUGGUCUGCUGGGGUCACUUUGUAUGUGAUGCUGGUUGGGACGUACCCCUUUCAAGAUCCUACCGACCCUGGAAACUUCAGAAAGACAAUCACCCGGAUACUUAGUGUCCAUUACUCGGUUCCAGAUUGUGUCCAAAUUUCAAUGGAGUGUAGACAUCUUCUAUCUCGGAUAUUUGUGGGGAACCCUGAAAAGAGAAUAACGAUUACAGAGAUUAAACACCACCCAUGGUUCUUGAAGAAUUUGCCCAUAGAAUUGAUGGAAGGAGGAAGCUAUGAUAGCAUUGAUGUAAAUAACCCACUGCAAAGCAUUGAAGAAGUACAGUCGAUAAUACAAGAGGCAAGGACACUACCUGAGGUGUCCAAGACCGGGGUUCAUUUCAUUGGAGGAGGCAGCAUGGAUCUUGAUGACUUCGAUGAUGCAGAUAAUGAGGAUAUAGAAACAAGUGGUGAUUUUGUGUGCCAAUUGUGAGUUGAGUGUACGAAUGAGCUGUACAUUCUUAAGGUAUGUUUCCAGUAUUUUGAACUGCAGAAUCUCUUUAGGGAGGGUGGGAAUUUCCUUUCUUUAAAUGAAACCCGGACUUUCCAUUGGGCAGAUUAAUGAUCUUGUGAGGUUCAUUUCUUGUUUGUGAUUAGUGAAAUUAUAUUAUCAUCUUGUUUUAUGAAGCAGUCAAGUUGAAUUGAGCA